AUGGACAUGGUGCUGGGGCAUGGUGCUCAGAUGUGGUGCGUGGACAUGGUCCUCAAGCCCAGUGCUCAGACAUGGUGCGUGAACGUGGUGCUCAGGCAUGGUGCUCGGCCACACAUCAUGGACAUGGUGGUCAGGCCCAGUGCUCAGACGUGGUGCGUGGACAUGGUGCUCGCGCAUGGUGCUUGGCCAUACAUCACGGACAUGGUGCUCAGGCACAGUUGCUUGGACAUGCUCUUCCUGCGCCGCAGCACCUGGCGAAGCUUCGCCUCGCAGACGGACGGGGAGGCCCGAGUGACCCGGGUGCUGCGGGAGAAGUUCCCCCGUGCUUCUGCCAUCAAAGUCGUGGAUAUAUCAGGAGGCUGCGGUGCCAUGUAUGAAAUUCACAUCGAGUCGGAGGAUUUCAGAGAGAAGCGGACGGUGCAGCAGCACCAGAUGGUUAACCAGGCACUGAGUGAGGAGAUCAAGAGCAUGCAUGGACUGCGCAUCUUCACCUCCACCCCCAAACCCUGA